GUUUUAGUACAUAUCUCUAAAUGUUGGAAUUGAAAGUAAGUCGCUGUUGUGAGCUAAACGAUGAACGACAAUUAUCAGCCAUUUUAUUCAUUGGUAAAAACCACGACAAUGAUGAAUAUAUCGCUGUUGUUAUUAUCAGUGAUACUCUUAGCCCAUCAUAUAUUGCAACUUAUGACCAGAAAAGUUGGGAAGCAUUACGUGAUGAAGGCGAAUUCAACACAGAUGAAGAGUUCAUUGCUGAACUUGCUAAUCCAAACAAUGCAUUAAGUGUCGAACGUUCAGAAUGUGUCCAG